AUGGACGAGGAAGUGCUAAUUACUUCAGGAGGGCCGAUUCGGCCGGAGGUGGAGUCUAGGAGGGCCAUGUUGUCUGCUAACCGUUUUGUAUCGUUGUUGGUGGAGUACGGAUUGACGAGUCAUUUCCGGAAGUACCACCCGACGUACACUAAGUUAGAGGAGAGUCCGGUGUAUCGUUUCUGUACCGUGAAGCCUGCGGGUGCCGGUGGACCGGCGGCCAUAGUGGGUCGUUCGCUGUUUAUUCAGGUGAAUGUGGAGACAGCGACUCUGAAGUUGUAUGAUAUGGUGAAGAAAGUGUUGAUAAAUUGCGUAAUUGAUGUUUCUAAGGCUCCAAUCAGCUGUCUACGCAAUGACCCCGAUUUCCAACACCUGUUCCAGGAUCUGGUGGAUCUCUCACCGCCGUCAGAGGUCCUCGUACCAUCACCCACUUCGGAAUGUUUCCUCUUCUGGAUGACGGAUAAGCCUGCACCUAUGAUCAUGUGGGCGGAAGACUCCGAAUCUCUCAAGGCUGCCAAAAUCGUGUUCCUGUUCGUAUUCACCUAUAGAAAACAACUACAAGCAGAGAUUGACGUCCAAGAUCAAUAUUGCAACAUUAUAGAAGACGCUCAUCUUGCCCAACUCGAGAAUACAGAUACUUACAAUAGAUAA